AACGAGUACAAGAAGUUCAAAGGAACAGAAAAAAAUAUGUAAAUGAUGAUCAAAGACUUUGGCAUUUCUUGGACACAACUUCCACUGAGUGCUGCACGCUUUGGAAGGUUACUUGCAGGCUAUAGAAUCUUGAAAACCUAAUUCAUCAGAUAGACUGGUUGCUUUGAUUGCUCGAACAAGAAGAGAAGCUUUUUAUGUUUAUUUUAGAGAAUCAUGAGGGAGUCACGAGUUCUGGAAAUAUAAGCAUCGAAUUGAUCCAGAAGAAGAGGAUUUUUCUUCUUCAUCUUCUUCUUUUGGAAAAAAAUGGUGGGUUUGGAAAUCGUAAGGGAAUUAAUCUUUACAGCGGAAUUUGAUUAGAUGAUUCCUUGAAAAAUCUUCUCGAGGCUGUUAGGGUUUAAGCACAAAAUUUGGGGCUUAGCAUUUAUGUGGAGAAGGUCAUGUUUGUGGAAAUGAAGAUGUUCUUGUUAUUGACUAUGAACUGAGACCUCUUUUUAAGUGAUUACUCUUUACUAUCAUGCAUUUGGAUGAUAAGAUAAAUUUGACUUGGGCAUAUAUACAACGCGUCUUUAGUUCUUUACUGUACCUCUUUUGUUAUUGGGAAAGUAACUUUAAUUGAUUUCCUCUGUUUUGUGUAAUAUAUCUCGCGCGUUUCUGCUAAAUUUUCUAGAUUGAAGAUAGUCUCUUUCUCUAAAUUUCAUCAAUGUCUGAGAAAAGCAGGCUUCCCUCAAGGUUUCUUUUCUUCUUGAUUCCCAUUUCUAUGUUCCUCUUGGUCAUUUCCUCUGUUUCCCUUCUUCAACUUGGCAAUACUUCUCUUCUACCCAGAUCUAUUUUCAAGCUAAUUCUUGUUAAUAAUACAUCAGCUUACUUCAAAUCCAAUGUCGAAACUGAACCAGUCAAAAUUCCUUUCUUCUCUUCAAUGGAUUCUAAAUCAUCAAUGAUAAGUGGAAGUGCAAAUUGUCCAAAUUCCCAAAUGGCUGCCUUUGGAAACCACAGAAACAAAACCUGCGACCCAAAUCAGGCUCUCUUAAGGGUAUAUAUGUAUGAUUUGCCUCCUGAGUUUCACUUUGGGCUAUUGGGUUGGAAGGGAAACACAAAUCAAACAUGGCCAGAUGUUGAUAACCAUGUCCUUCAAUACCCAGGUGGGUUAAACUUACAGCAUAGUAUGGAGUAUUGGCUGACCCUUGAUCUUCUAGCCUCAAACAAACAAGUUGUUAGGCCUUGUAGUGCAGUAAGAGUAGAGAAUUCUAGUCUAGCAGAUAUAAUUUUUAUACCAUUUUUCUCAUCUCUGAGUUACAAUCGACAUUCUAAACUUCACCAAAAUGAGAAAGUUAGUUUGAACAAGAUGUUGCAGGACAGAUUGGUGCAAUUUUUGAUGGGUCGGGAUGAAUGGAAUCGAUCUGGUGGAAGGGAUCAUUUGAUUGUAGCCCAUCAUCCAAAUAGCAUGUUAGAUGCUAGAAAAAUGUUGGGUUCUGCCAUGUUUGUGCUUGCAGAUUUCGGUAGGUACCCAGUUGAAAUUGCAAAUCUUCAGAAGGAUAUAAUUGCUCCUUACAAGCAUGUUGUGAAGACCAUUCCAAGUGGAAAAUCUCCUCAGUUUGAGGAGCGCCCCAUAUUAAUGUUCUUCCAAGGAGCAAUAUAUCGGAAGGAUGGAGGGGUCAUUCGCCAAGAGCUAUAUUACCUUCUGAAAGAUGAGAAAGAUGUACACUUUACAUUUGGAACUGUUCAAGGGAAUGGGAUCAACAUGGCAGGCCAUGGCAUGGCCUCAUCCAAGUUCUGCCUGAAUAUUGCUGGCGAUACCCCUUCCUCUAAUCGCCUCUUUGAUGCCAUUGUUAGUCACUGUGUUCCUGUAAUAAUAAGUGAUGACAUUGAGCUACCAUUUGAAGAUGUCUUAGACUACUCGGAAUUUAGUGUAUUCGUGCGUGCAUCUGAUGCUACUAAAGAAGGAUACCUACUGAAUCUUCUUCGAAAUAUCAAGAGAGACAAGUGGACCAUGAUGUGCGAAAGAUUAAAGGAAAUUGCACCAUAUUUUGAAUAUCAGUAUCCAUCUCAGCCUGGUGAUGCUGUAGAUAUGAUCUGGAAGGCAGUAUCACGUAGAGCUUCUUCAGUGCGAUUAACCCUUCACAGGAAGAACCGAUAUCGCAGAUUUAAGAUUCAGUAAUUUAAUGACAAGCAGCCAUUGGAAAACUUCACAUAUCUUUGUCUUAUGCGCAUAGACAAAGAUGGUUGUUUAGCUGGGCUGCAGUUUUUUUGACAAGAUACAACCUUCAUUUAUUUAUUUAUUUUUAAGAAGAUUUGUAAGAGCAUUUACUGUCUAUGCUCUGUGCUCUUUAGUCCCAUUUACUGUAGAUUUUAUUGAUUUGAUGUCGUAGAUACUGUUUUUUCUCAUCAAAUGAUUAUCAUCUUUAUAGGAUUCUGUUUAAAAA